AAUUUAUACCUCAAAGCUUCUUAAAUGUUCUGCUAGUCAUUUUUCUUAGCCUUAAUUCCAGCUGAAUUGUACUUUUUCAGCAAGCGAAAUACGCUUAGCAAUGGAGCCUAGGUCUGCCAAGUUUUUUUUUGAGGCGUCUCUGCUGUAUCAUGAUAAGUGCCAGGAGCUAUCACGGUUCUUCUUGCAGUAUUCUUUCAAGGCAAAUGCUCUAUCGAAGAAAAAGAACAGUCUCUCCAGUUUGUUUCAGGACACCUGUUACUGUUCGUACUGUCACCAGUGGCUGAAGCCCGACAAUCAUCGGGUGCGUCUGUGGCCCAAGCGGCGUCCGUCAGCACAAGUGCAGAGAAUCCUGCUCAGGAGUAAGAGAGGGAAACGGCUAAGCCUGGCGCAGAAAAGGCUGCUGCUUCGUUUCCAAAAGUCCUCCUCAUUUCUGAUGGCCACCUGCCACGCCUGCAGCAAGACAACCAGACACAAAGGCGUGAACAGGGAUUUUCUGUCUACCUUCGCUAAAACCCACUGCACUCCAGGGAGCGCCGGCAAGCACAAGACUCCUCAGUCCAGCAUCAAGUCUAACACGACGACUCCCAGGCCUCCUGGAACAAACAAGACUCCCACUAGCACACCCAGAUCCUCCGUUUCUUACAAUGUUUCAGCAUCGAGCUCCACUUCCUCCAAGUCUUCCACAAAAACCAAAACCUCGGUCGUCCAGCGUCUCAGCAAGAUUCUCCUGCGAGAGGACAGCCAGAGCAGCAAGAAGGGAGGCUUGAAGGAUUUCCUCUGCUCGCUUUGAGUCUCCUGGAUGCACGCCGUCUUUAUUAUUGCUCUUAAAGAACGAGGCGUAGGAGAGCCAUGUCCACCUUGUUUUCUCCUGAAGCUAAAGGAGGAACCUUAUAGCUUAGGUUUCUGAGCCGACUGUUGUUGGGCUGAUUGGUGUGGCGCUCCUGAAGUCCUGACAGUAACCGCGGAGAGCACGGAGCGUUUGAUCAGCUAACACGUUUUUAUUCACGUGAAAGGGAAUUCCUCCUCCGUCUAAUUUCAAUCAUCA